AUGGUAAAAUUGGCUGAUAAUCAUCAGAUUGGACAAUUGUUGAAAAUUCAGGUUGUUGUGUGUAAUCUUGUGACUCUAAUUUAAUCUUAGGAGGAUAAGAUUAUUUUGAUUGGAGUACUUAAAUUUAUAAAACAUUUGAAUUACCCCCACAUUUUAAAAUAAAUAUCUAAUUUAACUUUUGGAGGUAUAUUUGUAUUAUUUUAUUUAAUUUUAGAAUUGAUUUAUGGAAUGGAGAAAGAUUUGUUGUCUUAAUCGAUAAUUAUGAAGUAUUUAAUUUACCCUACUAUACCAGUGAAAGUAGUUCAAAUAUUUGUGGAUAAUCUGGAUAUUCAGACUCAAAGCAUUUCCUUUCUCUCUCAAUAAGCCAUUAAAGUUCCUCAGCUUUGGUUCUGAUAAAAGGAUUAGCAUAUUAUUGGGGGAUAUCAGAAUUUAAAUUGCUUAUUGAAGAAUGCCCAGCAGGUUGUUAAUUUUGUAAUGAGUUUGGAUGUUUAAUUUCAUAAGGCGAUCCUUAAUGCUUAUUUUAUUAAGCCUUAGAAACAAGAGAUUUAAAUUAAUAUAUACAAAGAGAUUCAUUUGAUUUAUAAUCAGAAGUUAUGGUGGCAAAUAAAGUAUUAAAAGAGUGCAAAAAAGGAUGGAUAUAUCAUAUAUAGUUAAAUCGCUGCAUUUCAAUUUUUGGUGAUUCAUUUGUAACAAGUAUUGAAGAGUGCGAUGAUGGUAACAACAUUCCUUAUGAUGGAUGCCAUAAUUGCAAGUUUUCAUGUUCAGAAUUUUGUAAAAAUUGCUCAUUUGGUAUAUGUUUAGAGUGUGAAUCAAAAUUCCUUUUAAAUUUUUAAAGCAAGUGUGUUUUAACUAAUGAUAAUUGUUAAUUAGAAUGUUUAUCAUGUUUUAAUUCUUUAUGUUAUCUUUGUUUAUAUGGAUGGGAUUUAAUCAACUAUUAAUGUUAAUAAAUAAGUGGAGAAUAGCUUUUAAAAAUGUAUCUUAAUAAUUAAAAUUAACUUUAAUAGAUUAAUACUUAUUUAAAUUAAGAUAAUGCUAAAUAAAAUUUGUAAUAUAUUAAUAUUAAUGAAUAUGAAUAAAGUUGCUAAUUAGAAUGCUUAUAUUGUUUAAAUAAAUAAUGUUAUUUUUGUCUUGAUGGAUGGGCUUUGGUAAAUUAUUAAUGUGAAUAAAAAUGUGGAGAUUAACUUUUGGCAAUUUUCUCUAAAGAGCAAUGUGAUGACGGAAAUGAUAUAAAUGGAGAUGGUUGUUGUUGA